AUGUUGGAGGGUGUGCUGGCCACGAUCCUCAAUCGCUUUUUGGCGGCAUAUGUGGAUGGCCUCAAUACUAAUCAGCUCAAUGUGGGGAUAUGGAGUGGUGAUGUGAAGCUCAGGAACUUGCGCUUGAAGCGCUCGGCCCUCGAUAAGCUACGUCUGCCCAUUGAUGUAAAGGAAGGGUACCUGGGACAACUCACAUUAUCGAUUCCCUGGUCAAACCUGAAGGGAAAGCCAGUGCGCGUGCUUGUGGAAAACGUGUCUUUACUUGCUAUGCCCCGGGACGCCUCUGUGGCUGUUGACGAAGAGCAGGAGGACGAGCGCUGUCAAGCAGUCAAGCAGCAGAAGCUUGCACAGGCUGAGCUACUAUCUGCCGGAAUGGCUGAUACUAAAGAAGACUCUGAGAAGACGGAGUCGUUCAUCAGCUCGCUCGUGACGCGCAUUGUCGACAACGUGCAAGUGACGGUGCGCAAUGUCCAUAUUCGGUAUGAAGACUGUUUGUCCGAUCCUCUACACCCAUUCACUAUGGGUAUCACACUAGCUGAGCUCUCAGCAGUGUCGACAGAUGAGAAUUGGGAGCCCACUUUUGUGCACAACUCCUCGUUAGGUAUUCACAAAUUAGCGCGCCUAGACUCCCUUUCGAUUUACUGGAAUACGGACGCCGAGUUUUUAACUUGCUCUUCGCCUGAAGAGCUGCAAUCAAAGCUCAAUGAACUGAUCCCUACCAAGGACGAUAUCCCAUCGCACCAAUACAUCAUGGAGCCUGUGAGUGGCGUUGGCAAGCUCAUCAUGCGGCAUCAAGCUACGAAAGAGCUUCCUAAGUUGGAUGCACAGCUUGUCCUAGAUCAAAUCGGUUUCACACUAAAUGACCAGCAAUACCGUGAUGGCCUGAGUGUGGCGAACCUGUUUAGUUUCUAUGGACGUCAAGCCCAAUACCAGCGUUUCCGCCCCACCGAGGCACAACUCGCGGAAAAUCGCCCCAGAGCCCUGCUGCGCUUUGCGGCACAGGCCAUCCUUAAUGAGGUGCACCAACGCCGUCGCGUGUGGACGUGGGCCUUUAUGAAGGAGCGGCGCGAUAUGCGUCUUAAGUACAUUGAGCUUUUCAAGGCCAAUGGUGGCAAGCCGCCCCUGCCUGCGAAUGAAUCAGGCAGCAAUUCCAGGGAUGAGGCACUGCGCGACUUGGAGCGCCGGCUGGAAUACCGCGAUAUUCGCUUCUAUCGUUCAAUGGCGAGGCGUGAUUUGCGUCGUAACAAGCUGAAGGCAGCUGAGGACCAGGAGCAGGAGACGCAGGAGACUCCAGCACCAUCAGGUGGAUGGCUCGGUUGGAUCUGGGGCAGCAGUGGUUCCAAUCAGGCCAAGGGUGAUACGUCGCUGAAUACAGAGCAGCGCAAAGAGUUGUACGACGCCAUUGAGUGGGAUGAAGAAACUGGUGCGUCGAACCUGCCGACUCUCGACGAUCUGCCGCCCGAGGCUGUGUCUGUGCACGUUACAGCAAAACUCAAGACAGGUUUCCUUCACCUACAGGAUCACAACUCAGGGAAGAACAUUGUAUCACUUGUCUUUGAUGAGCUACAGGGCCAAAUGAACUCACGGAUGGACAACUUUGACUUGUCGGUUACGCUGGAUGACAUGCAUGUGGAAGAACAGCUUUCGGAUGCAACGCAAUUCCGUGAUAUUGUGCGUGUCAAAGGCCGUGACGAGUCUGAUGAGCUGGUUCCGCUGUUCUUCCUCCAGUUCGAACACCAUCCACUUGAUGGUCGUGCAGAUAAUGCACUGCAGCUGCGCAUGCAGUCCAUGGAAAUUGUGUAUCAUGCCUCAUACGUGGAGUCAAUCGUUCAUUUCUUCCAGCCGCCAGAGACGGAGCUCGAAGUCAUUGGAGCUCUGAUGGAUGUGGCAAGCUCAACACUUGAAGGCAUCCGGCGCGAGACACGUGCUGGCCUUGAGAACGCGCUUGAGAACCACAAAACGAUUGAUGUGUCUCUGGAUGUGCAGUCGCCGAUUUGGAUUCUCCCUGAAGUCCUAACGACACGAGACUGCCAUAUGUUGGUGCUCGAUGCAGGUCAUUUAGCUGUGCGGUCUCUGCUAGCUGAGCCUGAAACCAUGGAGGUGAUCCGUGCGAAGCAUUUCCGUCAGUAUACGGAAGAGGACUAUCAUCAGCUGGAAGAGCUAAUGUAUGAUCGCUACUUUAUCAAGCUAGAGGCAGUGCAACUGGUGCUGGGUCAAGGAUACGAGGCGUGUAUGAAGAGCAUUUCUGCUCCUGAGGUGCAAGGUAUGCAUCUUCUUGAGCGAAUCAAUCUCUCUUUCACGUUGCACAGUUCGAUUCUUCCUCGUGCGCCAAAUUUGACCAAAUGCAAGCUCACUGGCACACUGCCGCUCCUGCACAUUCACUUUUCAGACAAGAAGUACCGACUUCUUCUUCAGUUGAUCCUAAGCGCGAUUCCUACGAUCAGCAGGGAAGAAGCUGCGGGUCCGGACGCACCAUCGCAUCCGAAGCACGAUCGGCGGCCGCGUCUGAUCGACUAUGAUGAGCUUGAGGAGCCGGAUCUAUUGGCGGACGAUUUGGAUAGCGAGGAUGACGAAGAGCGAUUUGAGGAUCCGCAAGUCCAGGCACCAGAGGCUUUGUCGGAGCAACAAAAGAUUUUUGAAUUUGAAAUGCUUGUGGAGCAAGUGUCUGGAACGGUGAGCAAAUCGCAGACCAACGAGGAUGAUCAGCUGCUGGCAGAAGCCGUGUUCCAGCAGUUCCGUUUGGGUGUUUAUGUAUUCAAGAAUAAGCUACAGGUUGAUGUGCGUCUUGGAUCCUUGGACCUUGUUGAUUGCAUGGUCAAGCAAGACCCGACGUUCCGGCACAUGAUCACAUCUCGUUGCCUUGAAACGGAGAAGCAUGAGAAUGUUUCGCAUGAGGAAGCUCAUGACCUUGUGUUCGUGCAAUAUCUCAUGGUGUCCCCCAACUCCCCCGAGUUCCACGACAAGUUUGAGGGCAUUGAGGAUUCAAUCACGGUGAAUCUAUCGACAAUCAAUUUGAUGGUCACAAGGGAGAGUGUUCUAACAGUAUAUGACUGGAUCUUGCAGACAUUCACCUCGGCCGGCGCUGAAUCCGAGCCGGUACCGGAGAAACCGGUGACUCAACCCGAGGGAGAAGCGGUUAGCAAGGCAUCGAAGAUGCGCAUCAAGAUUAAACUCUCGUCCAUUUUGUUGCGUCUAAACGAUGAUGGGGAGCUGCUAAGCUCGCUGGAGCUCUCGACGGCUGAUAUUGCUUUGCUCCUUCGUGAGAACUCGAUGCGAAUUGCCGCGCGAAUCGGUUCGCUAUCGCUCAGAGAUGAGAAGCCGCGGCAGCGCAUUGACCCGUCCUUGGCCAAUCUGCUGUCGAUUGAAGGCGACGAGCUUGUCGACUUUGCUAUGGAGACGUUCGAUGCGCGUGACGAGCAAUAUCCCGGCUACGACACGUCAAUCUGGUUACGGUGCAACACGCUUAAGUUGGUGUACAUGGCAGAGCCGUUCGCGGACAUGGUUGAGUACUUUGCCAAGUUUGCGAAGCUCAAGGCGGUGUAUGACGUGGCAAAGAACGCUGCGUCUGCACAAGCCUCGCAACUACAGUCCAGGCAGGGUCAAACCAAGUACGACGUGCUUGUUCGAAGUCCGAUCGUUGUCAUUCCACACGACAUGAGCAGUCGCAAUCGUAUGACGGGACAUCUCGGUGAGCUUUAUGCGCAUAACCACUUUUCAAACCACGCGGGAAAGCUCGAGUCUACGCUUCAGGCAGGUCUGCGUCAGAUCCAUCUCGAAUCGGCCAUUGAAAGUAAAGGACAGCUGCAUGAGCUGAGUAUGCUCGACAAUGUGGACGUUGAGCUCAAGAUGGUCGAGCAAUUACCCCCUUCGAGCGACGGCCAAGAGUCGCUGCGUUCAACGCGCUUCUCCGCAUCCAUGUCAAACGUUAGCAUGACACUGACGCAGCAGCAAUACUGUUUGCUUAUGCGCGUCCUCCGCAGCUGCAGCACGGUCAUCCCAGCAACGGACCCGUCGCCCGAAUUGGAGAAGGUGCAUCCGCCUGAGACGCUAGCAAAGACCGAGGUGUCACCUGUCGCGCCCCACCACAUCGAGGGUCAAUUUUCACUGGCGCAAAUCAGUUUAAACCUCUAUGACGACUCGGCCACCAACAAGGCUUCAUUGGAGCAAGCAAGCCUUUUCCGGUUCAUAAUGGAUGACGUGCAGCUGAAGCACCACCAGGACCCCAGGUCUGGUCUUGAGCUCGAAGUCGAUAUUAAGUCGUUCUCGGCUACAGACACGCGUCGCUCCCGCGACACGUAUUUCCGCGAUUUGGUUCCCAAGAUGGAGCACAAUGGCCGCCAAUUCAUAUUGAACUAUACACGAACACCCGACCCGGAGAGCCACGCCUUGAUGGUGGUUACGGUCGACAGUCCCAAGCUGAUUUUCUCGUUGGAUCCUCUAUUUGCACUGAUCCACUUUGUCAAUGCCGGUAUGCCGCGCGAUUCCGAGGUAGCGGAAGAGGACAGCGCUCCCGAAAUUGCGGCCCAGACGGAGGCCCAGCGCGGCGCGGACGCUACGGCGCCGUACUCUGCCGAGUCGAGCUUCUCUUUCCGCGUGAAUGUAAUCGAGCCGCGCAUCUUGCUCCUCUCCUCGCCCGAGCGCUCUGACUCACAAGCCAUUGUGCUACUCAUGCGACAGGUGGUGCUUUCACAGCAGACUGUGCUGGCAUUGACCAUGACACAGCUCGGUAUUUUUGUCUGGCGCAUGAAUGCGCCCAAUGAGCGUCAGCGGCUCUUGAGCAACCUCGACGUUUCCCUAUCGAUGGACUCGAAGAUGACGUCGACAGGCAAGAUUACGAGCAUGGAGGUGGAUGUGGAGCGAGUGUUUGUGCGGCUCAUGCGCUCAGACGUGGAACUUAUCACUGCUGUGGUGUCUAAUGCAAUUGCUUUGAGUAACGAGUCGGGCGACGACAAGGGCGAGGAACCCAAGGAGGCUGCUAACUCAAAGGCGCUUGUCUCCCCGUCGGUGCUGAACAAGGUGACGCAGCCUGCUGAGGACAAUGGGCAGGUGCUCUUCACGCGUGAGGAGCUGCGGAUCCAGUGUGAAGGCGUACAAGUGAUGUUGAUCAGCGAGGUGCAUACACUGCCGCUCCUUGAUCUGAACGUGGACCCAUUCAAGGUGACGGUCACGGACUGGUCAGCUGAUGUGCGCAUGCACAUGGAGCUGCAGCUGCGCCUGAACAACUUUAACCUGUCCACCUCGUACUGGGAGCCUUUCAUUGAGCCAUACAAGCUGAAUCUGCGCUAUGAACGUAUACUGACACCACCUAGCAGCACCUUUACAGUGUCAUCGCCCCAUUGCCUCGAAGUGAAUGUGGCGGCGCUCAUGGUCGAGACGACCACGACAAUGCUGUCGUACCUGGACGAGGACAAUCGUCUGCGGGAGGAUGCGCGGCACCUCGCACCGUUCCUCAUUCGCAACCGCACUGGAUAUCCGAUCAGCCUCUGGUCUGAGUCCUCCAUACCGAGUGCCGGACGUAAUGCGCCUCAGACCCUCGAGAAUGGCCGGGACAUGCCUUGGUCUUUUAGUGAUUGGCGUUCGAUCCGUGAGAAUGUUUCCGAACCGGGCUACAACCGUCUUUCGGUGCAUAUGGAAGGUAUGCCUUGGGACCGUGUGCGGCACAUCGCCGUGGAGCGGGAAGGGGAGUAUGUUAUGACCCUGCGUCCGAAGUUGGACAAGGUAAGCCACCGGUUGCUGUGUGAAGUCAAGUUGGUGAACAAUGUCAAGCAUAUCACGUUCCAAUCAACGUUCCGAGUGGAUAACCGGGCACUGAUCCCCUUCGAGGUUGGUUUGGUCGAGGCCCACGGGCAGGUGGGAGACACCAUACUGCGAAUCGAACCCGGUACAAGCUCGUCGCUGCCGAUUUGUGCUGCCUACGACAAGCGCCUCAAGGUGCGCCCUGAUCCGGGGCUCGGCUAUACAUGGUCGCGCGAGACGGUGGGCUGGCAGGACCUCAUGGCGAAUGCGUCGAAUACAUUCACGUGUGACUCGCAUGACGAGAGCGAGGCGCCCUUCCAGUUCCAGGCGUUUGCGAUCCAUGACGCACAGCAUGCGUCGAGCCGCAACUAUCCCCGACUGACGCUCGCAGUGCGCGCGCCGGUGGAGAUUGAGAAUUUGCUGCCGUAUGAUGUGCACUACCGCCUCUUUGACAAGAACCUCAACUUGAACUGGUCCAGCUUCCUCCGACGUGGCGCUGUCUCACCCGUGCAUGUCGUGGCGCUGCAACACCUGCUCCUGCUGAGUAUUGAACUUCAAGACUCAGUCUACUCGCCCAGUGAGUUUGCGAUUAUUGCUUCGGACAACCCCGAUGACUUCCAGGUCGAGCAUGUGCUGCCACUCGCUGACAAGUCGAACUUGAAGCUGGAGCUGCGCCUACACUACCACACGUACCCCGACUCGGGCGGUGCAUUUAAAGUGCAGAUCUACGCGCCGUACAUCUUCCUCAACCUGAGUCAUUUGCCUGUGACGAUCAAAUCACGCCCCUGGGCGGGCCACUCCAAGAUGGUGGCUGGACAGGAAGCCGACGCGCCACCCGUUGAGGCGCCCGAACACAGUCCGCCAUUUUUGUUGAGCCGCGUGCGGGAACGCAACAACCGGUUCGUCCUGCGUGUGGGCGACUCCAGCUGGUCCAAGCCGCUGUCGUUUGAUGUCAUUGGGUCCGAAGUGGGUGUCGCCAUUCCGUCGGCGCAGGGCGACCGUGAGCUGCAGCUCGGUCUCGACGUGCAGGACGGUCUGGCCAAGUUCAAGCUGAGCAAGGUCGUCAAGCUCACGCCGCGGUACCUGGUGCACAAUACCCUACCGGUGGGCAUUCGGAUUGCCGAGGCCUCAGGCAGCGAGCCGGUCCGUAUUGGGCCAGGCGAGAGUCAGCCGUUGCUUUGGCUGCAUGUGGCGUCCGCAAAGAAGGCUGUGCUGGCUUGCGACGACAGCCAGAACUGGACGGCGCCGUUCAGUAUCGACAACGUCGGUGUUGUCUUUUUGCGCAUCGAGCACAAGGGCCGACCCCAAAGUCUGUGUCUCGUGGAUGUGCAAGUGAGUGGCCCGACGAUCUUUAUCCGCAUCCUCAACGCAGAAGGUCGCUGGCCGUUUGUGCUGCGCAACGAGACGAAGCAGCGUGUCACAUUCACACAGACAUCGAGCCUAAACGCGUCGCAGCGCAGCGCGCGCGACAUGGAGGCCAAGCGGUAUGUGUUGCAGCCCCGCAGCAAGAUGAAGUAUGCGUGGGACUUCCCCGCCGAUACAGACAAGUACAUCCGUCUGGAGAUCAAUGGCAGCGAGCAUGUCAUCAACAUACUGGAAAUUGGCUCGCUGCUGCCGUUCCGGUUUGCCGCGCGCGGCGACGCGCCGGCUGGCGUGGUGUCCCUUGAUGUGCGUGCGGACAAUGACGUGCAAACGAUCGUCAUCUCAGACUACUCUGAGUCGAAGAGCAACUUCAAGCCCACGCAGGAUGCACUGCCGUCGUCGACGCGCGAGUUGGGCUUUGAAGCGGUCAACGUGGAUACAUCGAUCCUGUUUUCGUUCCGCGUCGAGCUCGCUGGUGUGGGCGUUUCCCUCAUCUCCAGCCGAGUGCGUGAGAUUGCGUACAUGACGUUCCGCGGCUUGGAGCUAAGCUACAGCGAGUCGCAGGUCACGACCGCGGUGAAUGUGAUCUGCAAGUGGAUCCAGAUCGACAAUCAGACGGUGGGCAGCAUCUUCCCGAUCGUGCUGUAUCCGACGGUGGUGCCGAAAGACGGCAAGGAGCUCGACAUCCAUCCGACACUGCAGGCCUCCGUCAUUCGCAGCAAGGACGACACACACGGUGUGCGCCACAUUAAGUAUGCCUCGGUGCUGCUGCAGGAGCUGACGGCCGAGUUGGACGAAGACUUUUUGUAUGCCGUGUACGACUUUUUCAAGUCGAGCAGUCGAAUGUCCGAGAGGCAGUACGAAGCGGGUAUGUACAUCGAGCACGAGCACGAGCUGCUUGAGCCACCCGUGCAGUCUGUGGCCACCGACCAGAUCUACAUUGAGAUUUUGCACUUGCAGCCCGUGGCGCUGAACCUGUCGUUUAUGUCGACUUCGCACGAGGGCCUGGACGAUGCAGAAAACUCACGCACGCUCUUCUCGUACCUCUUCACAAUGCUUACCAUGGUGCUGGGCAACGUGAAUGAGGCGCCUGUGCGCCUCAAUGCGCUUGUGAUUGAGAACGUGCGAUUGUCCAAGACGGUGUUGCUCAACCGCAUGGCAUACCACUACGGCCAGGACUUUUUGUUCCAAGUGCACCGCAUCCUAGGCUCGGCCAACUUUUUGGGCAACCCCGUCGGCCUGUUCAACAACGUCAGUUCGGGUGUGGCGGACAUCUUCUACGAGCCCUACUAUGGUCUUGUCAUGCAUGGCAACCGCGAGUUGGGCUUUGGUAUCGCGCGUGGUGCGAGUAACUUUGUGAAGAAGACCGUGUUUGGUGUUACGGACAGUGUGUCGAAGCUCACCGGCUCGAUUAGCAAGGGAUUUGCGGCAGUGACUAUGGACCGCGAAUUCCAGACUCGUUGGCGCAUGACGCACUUCAGGAACAAGCCGAAGCACGCGAUCUAUGGCAUCACGGUCGGUGCCAACUCGCUCUUCACGAGUGUUGCGAGCGGCAUCGAAGGCUUGGCGCUGCGUCCGCUGGAGGGCGCUGAGGAAAAUGGGGCUGCUGGCUUUGUGCAGGGUAUGGGCCGAGGUCUCAUUGGUGCUGUGACCAAGCCGGCGGCUGGCUUCUUUGACAUGGCGAGCAGUAUCACCGAGGGCCUGCGCAACACCACGCUCGUGUUUGAGCAGAACCAUAUCGACCGCGUGCGGCUGCCGCGGUAUAUUGCGUCGGACCACAUCAUCCGCCCCUUCUCGGAGCGCGAGGCGCUUGGCCAAAUGUGGCUGCAGAGCGUGGACCAGGGGCGCCUGGUCCACGAUGAAUAUGUGGCGCAUGUGAACACGAAUACCCAGCAGGGCGACAUUGCGAUCAUGCUCACCGAGUCGCGGAUCCUCUACAUCCGCAUGAUGGGCCUCAAGGUGCUAUGGGAAGUCCUCUGGUCGGACCUUAGUACGAUCUCGUACGUCAAGCUAUCUAACCACAGACUCGAAAACGACGGGAUCUCCCUCGUGCUUCGCGGUGGCGUGCUGGGCCCCCUGCUCACGAUCACCGAGCAGAGCACGCGCCUGUGGCUGUUCCGCCAGAUUUCAGGGUACGUCGACGCGUCUCACGCCAGUGUCGUGCAGAAGUACAAUGCUGCGCACUCGUAG